UGUUUCCUUAGAUUGUUGCGCAAAUUUUCACUUUCCAUUUACUCAUUUCCCGAUUCUCAUUCUACGCCAUCCUCUUCUUUUACUGAUAUGCAUUGUUCUCGCCUGCGAUGGCAUUUUGCUGCGAAGGGUCGUGUG